AUGUCUCAACCGAAUUUGAAUUCAAUUCAUAUUUCAGGACCAAGACUGAGAUCAAGUUCAGUAGCAGCUAUUCAUCCAGGUUUAGGUACUUUAACAAUAAAUGAUCCAAAAUCAAUAAUGGAAAAUUCUUCUGGCUUAUCUCCAGGUAUAGGAACUGGUAGUAUUUCAAAUUCAAAUGCUGAUAUACCACCAGAUUUAGCUAUUUUACUACAAAAGUUGGAUGAAGAUUUUUUAAUAAAUAAAACUAUAGAUCAAUGGAAUUAUAUAAAUCGAAGAGAAGAGAUAAUGCAAACCAUUAAUAAACUACAUCAAAAGCAAAAUGAAGAUUAUCAACCGCUUGAUCCUGCAUUAUUGGAAAUGCCACUAAAUCCAAGAAGACCAGCAGCAUCGUUUUCAGAAAACUAUAGAAAUAGUGAUGACAUAUUAGAAAUUUUAGCUGCAAGAGCAGGAACUUAUAAAGCAGAUUUAGCAUUUGUUGUUUUGGACUCAAGAGGUAAAGAAGUGAAUAGUAUUACUUGGGAAAAGUUGUAUUUAAAAGCUGUAAAAAUUGCUUAUGAAAUUCGUCAUAAAGUUUCUACAAAAAAUACAGACACUGUUGUGUUGUUAUAUAAGGAUGGUGAAGUUUCAGAAUUUGUAACGGCAUUAUUUGGUUGUUUUAUAGCGGGUGUUACUGCCAUACCCAUACAUCAAGAUAUUUCAUUGUCAGAAGUUUUAAACAUUUUAAAUUUAACAUCAUCAAAAUUAUUGUUAUAUUCUGAAACAGUCGCCAAAGAAUUGGAUAGAUUAAAUGCUCAAAAUCUGAGAAUCCAUUGGCCCUCGAAAUUAUUGAGAUGGAGAACUACUGAUUUUGGAUCAGCAAAGAAAUCAGAAGUAUCAUAUUGGAAUUUGAAACAAAAUAGUAAAAGAGAAAAAACUCCAUCAAUGAAUUUAGCUUAUAUUGAAUUUUCUAGAUCUCCUGUGGGAGAAUUAAGGGGAAUAGCAUUAAGUCAUAGAACAAUCUCACAUCAAAUGCAAUGUUUAGAUGCAGCUCUUCUGAGUUUGCCAAAUUCUGGUGGAGGACUACGUCGAAAUUUGAAAGAAUAUCGAGGAAAUAAGAAAGUAGUACUAGCUACUUUGGAUAUUCGAUUUUCCAUUGGGUUAAUUUUGGGUGUUUUAUUUACAGUAUACUCGGGGAAUGUUCUAUUUUGGGCUCCUCAAAGGGUAAUGGAAAUACAAGGUUUGUACGCCAACAUAAUUACAAAAUGUAGGGCAUCGUUGCUUCUAGCUGAUUAUUUGGGGUUAAAAAGAGUUACAUAUGAUUACCAACAAUCUCCCAGUGCUACUAGAUAUUUUUCAAAAACUCAAAGUGUUGAUUUUUCAUCAGUCAAAUGGGUAUUGGUCAAUGCUUUGACUAUUGAUGGUGAAUUUAUGGAAAUUUUAUCUCAAAGAUAUUUAAGACCGCUUGGUUGUCAACACCCUGAAAAUGCAAUUAUACCAAUGUUAACCUUGAGUGAAUAUGGUGGGAUGGUAAUUUCCUUAAGGGAUUGGUUGGGUGGUAAAGAUAGAAUGGGAAUUACAAUAUCUGAGGAAGAUUCAAAUGAUUUAUCAUCAGUUUUAAUUGACAAAGAUUGUUUGACUAGGAACUUGGUAAAAAUUGUGGAAACAAAUCCGUCAACUUCAGAUGAAAUUGGUAGUGAUGUUUUAAGAGUUGAUGCAUUUGGUUAUCCUCUUCCUGAUGCAACUUUGGCUGUUGUAAAUCCUGAACUGGGUAUUUUGGUUCAAAAAGGUGAAUUAGGUGAAAUAUGGAUCGACAGUCCUUGUCUUUCUGGGGGAUUCUAUGGACUAAGAAAAGAAUCAAAACUGAUAUUUCAUGCGAAAUGUCGAGGUCCAAAUGGUUUUUUAGAAAUGGAUUUUUUAAGAACUGGAUUGUUAGGAUUUACAUUUAAUGGAAAAGUUUACGUAUUAGGGUUAUAUGAAGAUAGAAUAAGGCAAAGGGUUAGUUGGAUAGAUCAUGCAUUAUUCAAAAAGAUGAAUAAAGAAUUAUUGAAAACCUCUGGAUCAAGAUAUCAUUACUCUUCCCAUUUGUUAGCUACUUUAGCCAGUGAAGUUAAACAAUUAUAUGAUUGUACAAUUUUUGAUAUAUUUGUUGGAAAUGAAUAUUUACCAGUUGCAAUAGUUGAAGCUGAAGUUAUACGAAAGCAAUUUGAUGAUCUGAAUGGAACUGAAGCUGGUAACUCGGGAGGUACUAGAACAAAGAAUGGAGAGCAGGAUUACGCAACUGGUGUUCCAUUAAAUGAGCCUGUCUUGAAUGCAAUAGCUCAAAGGUGUUUUGAUACCCUUUAUAAGAAACAUUUUUUAAGACUUUAUUGUGUAUUGGUGGUUGAUUGUGAUACGUUACCUAAAAUUAUGAGAAGUGGUGGAAGAGAAAUAGCUAACAUGCUUUGUAAAAAGAAGUUUUUGGAAGGAACAUUGAAAGCUGAUUUUGUAAAAUUUUUUGUCAGAAAAUCAAUCAGUUUAAUUCCUCAUGGGGAGGAUAUAAUUGGUGGUAUUUGGUCUCCAUAUGUUUCAGAACUCAGAAAUAAAGCAUUACAAAAUUUUCCAGAUCAAUAUUCUGCAAUUGAUUAUCGUCCAAAAUCCGUUGAUGAAAAAACCGGAUUAGUUUUAAGUGACUUUGAAUCUAUUCAAGAUAUUUUAAAAUAUAGAGUGAGCAAAAGUGGUGAUGCAAUUGCAUUUCAGAAUGUUGAAGUUGGUGGUAAAAAUAAACCUUUAACAUGGAAAAAAUUUGAACUUAAAGUUUAUGCUGUAUGUCAAUAUUUGAUCGAAAAGACAAGUUUAAAGGCAGGUCAAUUCACUAUUUUAAUGUAUUCAUUAUCAGAAGACUUUGUUGUCGCUGUUUUUGCUUGUUUUAUGUGUGGUAUUAUUCCAGUGCCAAUGUUGCCCUUUGAUUCUAACAGAAUUGGUGAAGAUUUUCCUGCAUUUGUUGGUGUCAUCCGUGAUUUUGAUAUUUCAGAAAUUUUAGUAAAUGAUGAAGUUGAAAAAUUCUUAAAAAAUGGACCUGUUGCUGAUUCUUUGAAAAAAAUUACCCACAAAAAGGUCAAAUCAUUGAAGAUUAAAAACACAACCAAGCUUAGUAAAGUGUCAAAUGUUGGAUCAUUAAUUCAUAAAGUUGCAAUUUUUCUGGGAAGCACAAAAGGUAAAAUUGGAAAUAAGAUAGCUUUGGUCUGGCUAAAUUUUACAUCAGAUCAUUAUCGUGUUGGUGCUACAUUGAGUAAUAAAAAUAUCAUCGGAAUCUGUAAAGUUUUCAAGGAAACUUGUAACUUGAGUUCUCAAUCUUCAAUCGUUGGAUGUGUUAGACAUGCAUCAGGUAUUGGAUUUGUUCAAACUUGUCUUUUAGGGGUAUUUUUAGGUACAACCACGUAUUUAAGUUCUCCAGUUACUUACGCUGAAAAUCCUUUAUCAUUUUUUUUAACACUUGCUAGACACAAGGUGAAAGAUGUUUUUGUAACUGAACAGAUGUUAAAGUAUGCUGCUAUAAAAUUCGCACCAAAGGGAUUUAAUUUAAAUUUAUUGAAGAAUAUGAUGAUUAGUACAGAAAAUAGAGUUGAAGUAGAUUUAUUAAGAAAAAUUGCAAGAGUUUUCCAACCAACUAAAUUAAGUGCCGCUUCCAUGUCAACUGUUCACAAUCAUUAUUUUAAUCCAAUGAUUUCAACUAGAUCCUAUAUGACGGUUGCACCAGUAGAUUUAUACUUGGAUCCAGUUGCUCUAAGACAAGGAUAUGUAUCAGUUGUAAAUCAAUCAGAAGUUCCAAAUGCUUUACAUAUCCAAGAUUCAGGUAUGGUUCCAGUUUGUACUGAAGUCGCGAUAGUCAAUCCUGAAACAAGAAAAAUUUGUAAAGAAGGUGAAUAUGGUGAAAUUUGGGUUUGUUCUGAAGCUAACUUAACUUCUUUUACUAAUGGUCCAAAGGGUCCAAUUGAUCAACUCUCUCAAGUUCAAUUUAAUGGAGUUAUAGAAGAUGGUAAUCCAGAUGUCACAUAUUUAAGAACUGGAGAUUUGGGAUUUCUACACAACAUUUCCAUUACUAAAAACACUUCAAAUGACAAUGACAAGGAAGUUUCAUACUUUCAACCACUUUUCAUAUUAGGUAAAAUUGCUGAUACAUUUGAAGUUAUGGGAUUACAUCAUUUCCCUAUAGAUAUUGAAAACACAAUAGAAUUUUGUCAUGCUGAUAUUUAUAAAAAUGGAUCUUGUGUAUUUAGAUGUUCAGAUUAUACUGUGGUAGUUUGUGAAUCUAAAAGAACUAGAUAUUUUGCAUCAUUAGUUCCGUUGAUCAUAAAUACAGUAUUAAGUAAACAUCAUUUAAUUAUUGAUGUUGUUGCAUUUAUCAAAAAAGGAGAAUUUCCUAUUUCAAGACUUGGAACUAAACAAAGAGCUAGAAUUGUAGAUGCUUGGGUUCAAGGUGUUAUACCAAUCAGUGCAUCGUAUGGUGUAAAUUAUGGGGAAAAUUCUAUGAUUAAAUUAAUUAAAGACGAUCCAUUAACUGAACUUCAAAAUCCAGCGUUAUCAUAUUAUGAUUCGGACGUAAAAGAAAAUAGUAUUUUUGAUGUAGAUAAAAGAGAAACUUUGAGAUUAAAUGAUCAAUAG